AUGGAAAGGUUUCAGUCUUCCAUGCGCAAACGCCUGUACAGCUUGCCGCAAAACAUUGGGCAAAAACCCUUCGCGGUGGACGAAGGAGACAGGGACAAGGACACCAUGAGGAAAAGUAUUCGGCUAAAACAUUUGUCCUCUCCGUCUCCUGCCAGCAGUUGCAGGAGCAUCGAGGAGGCCAGGAGCGAAGACGUCUCUGUCAAGACCAACUUGAACGGGGACUGCCGCUUUUUCCGGGGCAGCGUCUCCUCCAUCGCCGGGCGGCAUCCUCCCGGGUCCGACGGAGCGGAGCAGCGGCGCCUCAUCCCCGAGGCGGACGCCGGCGUCGGGGAGACUUUCCCCGGCGAGCGCGGCCCCGGGGCCCAGCAGCGAGCGACGGGUGGUCUGGCCGGCGCGGCCGGGCAGCCCCCAGUGUUCGACCAGUCAAGUUUCAUCAAGUUGGAGGGCACCGAGCAGAUCAUUCCCGAGGAUGACCGGCUGUACCAAGCCGGCUUCAUGCACCGGCAGUUCGGGGCGAUGCUCCAGCCGGGAGUCAACAAGUUCUCCCUGCGAAUGCUGGGCAGCGAGAGGGCCGUGGAGCACGAGAGGGAGCGCGUAAAGUCUGCAGGAUUCUGGAUUAUCCACCCCUACAGUGAUUUUAGGUUUUACUGGGAUCUGACCAUGCUGCUCCUGAUGGUGGGGAACCUCAUCAUCAUUCCCGUGGGCAUCACCUUCUUCAAGGACGAGCACACGCCGCCCUGGAUCGUCUUCAACGUGGUGUCGGACACCUUCUUCCUGAUGGACCUGGUCCUCAACUUCCGCACGGGCAUCGUGAAGGAGGACAACACGGAGAUCAUUCUGGACCCGCAGCAGAUCAAGAUCAAGUACCUGAAGAGCUGGUUCGUGGUGGACUUCAUCUCCUCCAUACCCGUGGACUACAUCUUUCUAAUCGUGGAGACGCGCAUUGACUCGGACUUUUACAAGACGGCCCGAGCUCUGAGGAUCGUCCGCUUCACGAAGAUCCUCAGUCUACUGCGGCUGCUGCGCCUCUCCAGACUCAUCCGAUACAUUCACCAGUGGGAGGAGGUUUUUCACAUGACGUACGACCUGGCCAGCGCCAUGGUGCGCAUCAUGAACCUGAUCGGCAUGAUGCUGCUGCUGUGUCACUGGGAUGGCUGCCUGCAGUUCCUGGUCCCCAUGCUGCAAGACUUCCCCCCCGACUGCUGGGUCACCAGGAACAAGAUGGUGAACGACACUUGGGGUCAGCAGUACUCCUACGCCCUGUUCAAAGCCAUGAGUCACAUGCUGUGCAUCGGCUACGGCCUGUACCCCCCGAUCGGCAUGGCCGACGUGUGGCUCACCAUCCUCAGCAUGAUCGUGGGCGCCACCUGCUUCGCCAUGUUCGUCGGGCACGCCACCGCUCUCAUUCAGUCUCUGGACUCCUCCAGGAGACAGUACCAGGAAAAGUAUAAACAAGUGGAGCAGUACAUGUCCUUCCACAAGCUCCCCGCCGACAUGCGCCAGAGGAUCCACGACUACUACGAGCACCGGUACCAGGGCAAGAUGUUCGAUGAGGAGAGCAUCUUGGAGGAGCUGAAUGAGCCACUGAGAGAGGAGAUCAUCAAUUUUAACUGUCGCAAGCUGGUGGCCUCCAUGCCGCUGUUCGCCAACGCCGACCCCAACUUCGUCACCUCCAUGCUGACCAAGCUGCGCUUCGAGGUCUUCCAGCCGGGAGACUACAUCAUCAGAGAAGGCACCAUCGGCAAGAAGAUGUACUUCAUCCAGCACGGCGUCGUCAGCGUCCUGACCAAGAGCAGCAAAGACACCAAGCUGUCCGACGGCUCCUACUUUGGAGAGAUCUGCCUGCUGACCCGCGGCAGGAGGACGGCCAGCGUGCGAGCAGAUAACUACUGCCGCCUGUACUCGCUGUCAGUGGACAACUUCAACGAGGUGCUGGAGGAAUAUCCCAUGAUGAGGAGGGCGUUUGAGACGGUGGCCCUCGACCGCCUGGAUCGCAUCGGGAAGAGGAAUUCUGUUCUUCAGCAUAAAGUCCAGCAUCACCAAAGUUCGGGCACACUGAACUUUCAGGAGACUGAGAUCAUCCAGAAGAUUGUGCAGCACGACCGCGACAUGGCCCAGUGCACCCAGCUGAUCCAGACCAGCACCGCUCAGAGUCUGAACCCUCCCCCUGCUCCUCCGUCGCCCACCCCGUUGAUCUGGGCCCCGCUGGUUCAGGCCCCGCUCCAGGCCGCCGCGGCCACCACCCCUCUGGCUUUGGCCUUGGCGCACCACUCCCAGCUGCCUCCUAUCCUCUUCCACCCCCUGCUUCAAGGCUCCGGCUCUGUGAAGGACCCCAGCUCGCAUCCCAAGAGAGCACAAGUCGGACCGACGGCCUCCGGCGGCUGCGGUUCGGGGCCGGGUUCACCUGCCAGCUCUGCUAAGUUCAGGCCCGGGGUGGAUACGCCCAUCCUGGGGUUUCCCGGGACCCAGCAUCUGUCCACUGGGCCGGUUUCUCCCACGCUGUCGUCCCAGCCCAUCUUCACCAGCUGCCUGCAGCCGUUGACCCCUCUAACCACGCCCCAGCCCCUGCCGCGCACCCCCCACUCCGGCAUGCCGUCCGCCUUCCCCGUCAGCCAGGCCAGCAUCUCCUACACCUGCUCCGCCCAGCUCCACCCGCAGCCCUUCCACGGUGCUAUGACCACCCCGCCCCACCCGUUAGGUCUGCUCCAACAGGGGGCGCCAGGGAGGCUGGCAGGGAGAUUCCCGGCCCCGGCAGGCUCCGCCAUAAGCCCCCUGAUCUCCAGCUCGGUCAGCCCCAUACUCAGCCAGUUGCAGGCACCGUCUCACGCCACCCUGCAGCAGAUGGGCUCUGGUCACGAGAGGGUGGUCAGGACGUCCAGCGGACUGAGCUUCCCGCAUUUCCCCUUCAUCGCCAGCCCUCAGACCUCCUCCGGGUUCACUCAGCCGGCGUGCGCGGGCGUCGGCGGCGCCGCGGCCUCCCUGGCCCAGCACAGCCUGGCGGGACUGCAGUCUGCCUUCCUCCCCCAAGUUCUCCCCGAGCACUCGGCCCUCGCCUCCCUCGCCCAGUACGGCUCCGCCGAGGCCUCGCCGUGCUACACCCCUCCCGUCCACAGUCCCAGAGUCCAGAGCCCCGCGAGGGGGAGGACAGUCUACCACGGUGAGCUCCCCAGCACCGCGGGCUCCCACAGCCCCCUCACCCUCCAGACCUCAUGCCCCGCCAGGGUGGCCUGUUCCUUCAAAGACAAAGCCGAGUCCUCGGUGGAUCUCUUCUCCCAGGAAAUCAAGACUAUCUCAGGCUCUCACAGCUCUAUAUACCAGGAAAGGCCUUUGGCCGUAAGGGGCUCCCCUGAAAGCGUAGCGGGGGCGCACAGCCCCUUCUCGUCCCCGAUGGCGGUCAGUAAACCCUACGCCUCCAUCCCGGGUCAAGCCGCUCCCGUCAGUCGGACACAUUCAGGGCCCGAACCUCAGAACCAGCCCGCCGGUCUUCACUCUCCUCAUGUGAGAUCACCCGCCAGAAAGCUAGAGAACGAACACAUGCAGUCCAAGCUCCCCUCCAACUUGUGAGGUUCAGACACACCCUCCUUCAACGCCUGAACGAAAAGGCAAAAUCUCCUUCUGUGCAUCGUUUCGGUCAAAAUCUUUCAGUGGGAGGGUGUGUUCUUCUAAUCAGCUCAGACGUGACUGGUUUCAUUUUUAAUCAGCGUGAAUGAAUAACGGGUGAUAUUGGACUGUGAUGGACACUUUUUCUACAGGAUGUGAUGAUAAACUCCAAAAGGUACUGAUGGGAUGAAUAUACAUAUAUAUAUUUACACUGUAUAUGUAUAUAUAAUGCCUCGCGAGUAUAUAAAUUGUUGUGUAUUAUAAUCCGUCCCUCCUCUGUGAUUUGCUAUAUUUGUUUGAAACCCUCUCGUCCGGGCCUUUUGGUGUAUCCUUUUAAGCCUCACCUCUUUUAGUUGGACAUUUUUCUACAACUGUAUUCAAUUAUGAUUGAAACCAAAAAUUGCCGUCCUUCGUUUAUAUCCCGUCCCGCUGCUGAGAGCGCGAAUGCCGGGUCC